UUUAACACAGCCAUGGCUCGUAAUCUCAUAUUCCUUCUCCUUCUCUUCUCCUUCAGUUCUCCAUCGCUUUCAGCUUCAAUUCCAUCUCCCAAUUCCGAAUGUGAAGCUCAGCUUCAACAAGGCUGCCAUGACAGAGCCGAGUCUCUCAAACUCAAGCUCAUCGCCAUUGCUACAAUUUUAGUCGCGAGCAUGAUCGGCGUUUCUCUUCCCCUCUUCUCCCGCGCCAUGCCAGUUCUUCAACCAGAGGGAAAAACCUUUGCAAUUGUCAAGGCAUUUGCCUCCGGUGUGAUUCUAGCAACUGGUUAUAUGCACGUUCUCCCUGAUUCCUUCAAUUUCUUAACAUCCCCCUGUUUGCCAGAGAAUCCAUGGCGGAAAUUCCCUUUCCCCACAUUCAUAGCAAUGCUAUCCGCUAUCAUGACUCUAAUGUUGGACUCUUUUACGUUGAGCCACUACAAUAAACAGUCGGUGCAGGAUCAAUUAUCAGAAGAGGCGGAGAUCAAGAAUGAGAACCGCAAGGAAAUGAGUGAAAAUUUGGGUAAAGAAGAAGGAACCGGAAAAAAACUCGAUUCGCAAUUGCUACGACACCGUGUUAUUGCGCAAUUACUAGAAGCUGGGAUUCUAGUGCAUUCGGUAGUGAUAGGGCUUUCACUAGGGGCUUCGGAGAAUCCGUGCACCAUAAGACCGCUCAUCGCUGCGCUGUGCUUUCAUCAACUGUUUGAAGGGAUGGGGCUUGGAGGGUGCAUUCUACAGGCGGAAUACAGGAUAAAGAUGAAGGCGAUAAUGGUGUUUUUCUUCUCGGUUACGACGCCGUUUGGAAUAGGAUUGGGGAUUGGGUUGUCGAAUGUGUACAGUGAGAAUAGUCCGACGGCGCUAAUAGUAGUGGGGAUUUUGAAUGCUUUAUCGGCUGGGUUGCUGAAUUACAUGGCGUUGGUUGAUUUAUUGGCGCAUGAUUUCAUGGGGCCUAAAUUACAAGCCAAUCUCAAGCUGCAUAUAUGGGCUUAUGUUGCUGUUUUGUUGGGAGUUGGAGGCAUGUCUUUGUUGGCAAAAUGGGCUUAGUUUUGAGACAGCAGAAGAGUUAAGAGUUACUUUUUUUUUUUUUUUUUUAUUCUUUUUUGUUAUAUAUUGCUUUAUUCUUUUAUUUUUUAUGCGUAGUGUUUUGAUUCUUUUUCCCACUGGGAAGAUUAUUGGUUAGUACCCGCAGCCAUUGUUGACAAUUUCAUUAUAAUCA